AGAAGAGAGAGAUAGAGAGAGAAAGUAAGUAAUCUUCCUCACAUAUCGCACAAACACUCCCCCAACUUCUUAUGUUCUGACAUCGUUGGUUAGGUUAGGUUAGAUCAGGUGUAAUCGGAGGGUUUUUGCAAUUAGCCGGAGAUGUACAGUGGUUCCAGUGACGGCGAGGCGUCGGCGCAGAGGAGAAUUCCGGCGGCGUCUUCCAUGCUCUGGGUUCGCAAUCUCCGCCGCUUCAUCGGAUCCGGUGCCGGCCUCGGAUCCGAAGCCCUCACCGAACUGGAGACCAAACGCAUUUUGCUCGAUAUUUUUAAGGAGAAGCAACAAAAGAGCGCCGAAGCUGGCUCCAUUCCAAGCUUCUACAAGAAGAAACCUGAAGAAGGUUCCAUUAGUCAUAGAGUUCAAAGGUUGGCCAAGUAUCGAUUUCUCAAGAAACAAUCAGAUCUUCUGUUGAAUGCCGAUGACCUGGAUGCUAUGUGGGUUUGCCUGAGGGAAAAUUGUGUAAUUGAUGAUGCAACUGGUGCUGAAAAGAUGAAUUAUGAAGACUUCUGCCACAUUGCCUCAGUAUGUACAGAACAAAUAGGCCUCAAAUGUCGACGUUUUUUCAGUCCCUCAAAUUUCAUGAAGUUUGAGAAAGAUGAAUCCGGAAGAAUUUCCAUCCUGCCUUUCUAUCUAUAUGUGAUGCGGACGGUUUCACUUACUCAAGCGAGAAUUGAUAUGAGUGAGCUUGAUGAGGAUUCUGAUGGCUUCCUUCAACCUCAUGAAAUGGAAUUAUAUAUAAAAGGUCUUAUUCCUAAUUUGGCUCAACUAAGGGACAUGCCUGCCGCUUUUGAGCAGAUGUAUUGUCGCAUAGCUGCACACAAGUUCUUUUUCUUUUGUGAUCCACAUAAACGAGGGAAGGCAUGCAUAAAGAAAGUUCUGCUUAGUAAUUGUCUUCAGGAGCUAAUGGAACUGCACCAGGAAAAUGAGGAAGAAGCUACCGAUACUGAACAAGCUGAAAAUUGGUUCUCGUUAACAUCUGCUCAACGCAUAUGUGAUAUGUUCCUUGCUCUGGAUAAAGAUAUGAAUGGAACGCUUAGCAAACAGGAGCUUCGAGAUUACGCAGAUGGGACUUUGACGGAUAUUUUCAUUGAGAGAGUGUUUGAUGAGCAUGUCCGGCGUGGAAAAAUUGGAGGUGGUAAUGCUCGGGAAAUGGAUUUCGAGAGCUUUCUUGAUUUUGUUCUAGCUCUAGAGAACAAAGAUACUCCUGAAGGAUUGACGUAUUUGUUUAGGUGUCUUGAUCUUAACGGAAGGGGAUUCCUCACAACUGCUGAUAUUCAUUCCCUAUUCAGGGAUGUUCAUCAGAAAUGGAUAGAGGGUGGAAACUACGAGCUUUGCAUCGAGGAUGUAAGGGAUGAAAUAUGGGAUAUGGUGAAGCCAUCGGAUCCGUUGAGUAUAGCACUGGCUGAUCUUCUGGCAUGCAAACAGGGCGGCACAGUUGCAAGCAUGCUUAUAGAUGUACGUGGUUUUUGGGCACACGAUAACCGAGAGAACCUUCUCCAGGAGGAGGAAGAGCCUGAAGAGGAACAAUAAUAGCUUUCUUGAUCUUUUCGACAGAGAUAAAAAACUGUGUUAGCAAAAUGUGUAGUUGUUUCUUUCACUCAAUUUGUUCUGUUUAAUUGAAAAAAAAUAUCAUACUAGCUUGAUAUUAUUCUAACCACUAAUGUUGAGAAAUACUGUAUGUAUAGGGCCAUGUAUUUAAUGUGUAACCUAAAUUACCAUAUAUGUUGUUGCAGUUGUGAGAGUAGAUUGAAAUUACCAAAAUUUUA